AUGCCUACCGGUAUCAAUGUGCCUCCCGCCGGACUGUCUCUCCGCUCUGGAGAUCAGUCCGGGGACCUCUCCGCUAGGCCGAAUCAGAUCAUGCGGUUGAACCUGGUGCAGAGCACCCUGGAUGAUCUGAUUCAAAGCCUCCGGAAGGAGCAGCCGGCCCGACUCCGCCUGGGCAAGCACCCUUCUCUUCACUACGGGGGCAAGUCCCAUUCCUUCCAUGCGUAUCCCGAAACACAUCGCUCCGAGAUCUUCCAUACCUCCGAUCAAGAAUCCUUGUACUUUACCGGACUUCUUAGCCACAGCCUGGAGGUGGAAAAAGCUAAAAAUGCCACCGCGGCUACCGACCAGGCGUUGGCCGAUUUGGAGGAGAAACUCAAUGCCCACGAGAGAGGGAAGGAGUCUAAGAAAACACACAUUAUCUCACACCCCGAUGAGUUGCGAGGGCUCCGAGGUAGCAAGGCGGGCUACAAGGGACCUACGAGCAAAAUCGAGCUCGAAAAGGACCGUUUCCUUAAAACCGCCGCCAAUCGUUCUCUCACGGCUAGUCCAACGUUGGGUGCUCCCAAGUCUCCCGCUCUCGCCAUGACUCCGACCUCUGCUCCAAUGAUGCAAAAUAAGGAUCGCGAGAGGCUCGAUGCCCUCAAAAUCCCGUUCAUUCACCUUCUUGCGGUUCGUGCCGUAUCGGUCAAAUUCCUCGCGCGCGUGACCUGCAGCACCCCCGAAGACUGCACUGUACUCGCCGAGAAAUAUGCGGUUCAGAACCGUAUCAACACCGACAAGUACGAUCUGAGGGAUAAGAUCUACAAGGAUCUUGAUCUCUGGGGCUUCAAGUACACACCAGAGGACCGAAAGGACGCCAUUGAGAACUCCAUCUCUGCUUUCGAUCGCAUGCGUGUGUCCAAGAGCGAUCCAAUCUGGCAAAAGCUUCUUCCUAAGGCUGAACGAGGCAAGGGAACUUGCCUUUCUCGUCUCAAUCUCCGUACUGCUCCACCUCCGAAGCCCGCUCCUAAACCCAAAGUCAGUGGGGCUGAGGAUUCGGGCAGGGACGAGGGCGAUCACGCUACUUCCAAGGCAUCUGCAUCUAAGACGACAUCGAUUUCGCAAAAGGCUCGGGCCUCUGACAAGGAAAUCACCAAGCCUAAGCCCAAGUCUAAGACCACUAACAGUACCCUCACCGGGCGGGUCACCAAGAAAGCCGCUACCAAGGCCCCUGCCAAAUUGGACGGCAACAGCAAGAUCAAAUCGGCAGAAUAUGUCCAUGAUUCCGACGAGGAUGACGAUGUUGACAUGCUGGAAGGGCCGGCGCAACCCGCGCCUGCACCUAAGCAGCAGCCGGAACACAAGCGGGUCCCGUCCAAUGUGAAAGCCCCGGCGGCGAAGAUCAAAGCCCCGGCUAAGUCUCGUCCCACCGAGGCCCCGUCUGAUUCUGUGUCUGCUUCUGUUAAGGCCCCCACCAAGGUCCCCAAGCCUGAGACAGCAAAGCCCAAGCUUGAACCCUCCAAGCCAACCACCAAGGUUACAGCCUCCAAGCGUCCUCCUUCGCGACCAUCUACUUCGCCCCAGAAGCCGUCUCCACUCGGCUCAUCACCGCCAGCGAAUGCAUCCGAAUCCGCCGGUCGCAACCGAUCGGACAGUCAAAACCAAUCAUCUGGGUCAUCUUCAUCCUCCCCCCUCAUGUCUCAGCAUGCCAAGACCAACAAGGCUGGCCCACCUGCCGCUGCUCCCAAGCCUUCAGUCGCUAAAACUACGACUCAGACAAAUGGUGUUACUAAAGCCGCUGCCAAUCCAUUGAAACGCAAGGCAGAGCCUGACCGACUGUCCGUGCCCCAAGCAGGCCGACCCACUGGAAAUUUGGAAGCCAAACGCCGCCGAGCGGUCAGCACCACAUCCAGCGGCGGCAGCACCGGCAGCGCUUCCCCGCCUAUGAGCCACCAGAUCAUGUGGCAGAAGCUGCAGGAGAAGUCUCGGAAAUUCAAGAGACUUUACAGCAAAUACCGAGCUCUGCAUGCCUCCCUUGCAGAAAAGGCCAGCCCCUCCAGUGAGGAACUGGACCGCCUGCAGAAUCAGCACAAUCAUCUUGGAGCGAUGAAGAGAGAGAUCUGGGAUGAAGAUCGUCGCCUCAAAGCUCUUCGCUCCUAA